GAAUCACAGUUUCAGCUCGCUGCUUCUCUAAUCAGAAGAUAUAUGCGGCAUAUCUGAACCCUAGCUAUACAAAAAUCUAAACAUCUCUCUCUCUCUCUCUCUUUUAACAGACUUCGGCAGCUCACAGAGCAGCAAUGGCGGCGGCGGCGGCGGCUACGGCCACUUCUUUCUCCAUCUCCUCCUCCACUUCUUCCGCAUCCAAAUCCCUAAAGCCUGCUCUUUCCGGUAGCUUAGGGUUCCUUUCUUCUUCGUCCCCAUCGCUUAAGCCUCUCCGAGCUAAAUCUCUUUCCUGUAAUGGCUCUGGCUCAAGCUCCGGCGCGGCUCUUAAUGCUCGCAUGGUCGCUGCGCCUGCUACUAUCAAGGCACCGUUUUCUCUCGAUUUUGAAACUUCCGUAUUCAACAAGGAGAAAGUUACCCUUGCUGGUCACGACGAGUACAUUGUGAGAGGAGGGAGAGAUUUGUUCAAGUUGUUGCCGGAUGCAUUCAAGGGAAUCAAGCAGAUUGGAGUCAUAGGCUGGGGUUCUCAGGGACCAGCUCAAGCCCAGAAUUUGAGGGAUUCUCUUGCAGAAGCAAAAUCUGAUAUAGUUGUUAAGAUUGGUUUGAGAAAGGGUUCACACUCCUUUGCUGAGGCCCGUGCUGCUGGGUUUACUGAAGAGAAUGGUACCUUAGGGGACAUAUAUGAAACUAUCUCUGCCAGUGAUCUAGUGCUGCUUUUGAUUUCUGAUGCAGCUCAGGCUGACAACUAUGAAGAAGUGUUUUCUCACAUGAAGCCAAAUAGUAUUCUUGGUCUUUCGCAUGGAUUCCUUCUCGGCCAUUUGCAGUCAAUGGGCCUUGACUUUCCCAAGAACAUUAGCGUGAUUGCUGUAUGUCCCAAGGGUAUGGGCCCAUCAGUCAGGAGACUAUAUGUGCAAGGAAAAGAAAUCAAUGGUGCUGGAAUCAAUGCAAGUUUUGCAGUUCACCAGGAUAUUGAUGGAAGGGCCACAGAUGUUGCUCUUGGGUGGUCAGUUGCCCUUGGUUCCCCCUUCACAUUUGCUACUACCCUAGAACAGGAAUACAGAAGUGAUAUAUUUGGAGAGCGAGGCAUAUUACUUGGUGCUGUCCAUGGCAUUGUUGAGUCAUUGUUCAGAAGGUACACCGAAAAUGGAAUGAGUGAAGAGCUUGCAUACAAGAAUACUGUUGAGUGCAUAACUGGAAACAUUUCUAGGACCAUAUCAACAAAGGGUAUGUUAGCUCUAUACAAUUCAUUUACUGGGGAUGAAAAGCGGGAGUUUGCGAUUGCAUACAGUGCUUCAUACUACCCCUGCAUGGAGAUCUUGUAUGAGUGCUAUGAAGAUGUUGCAACAGGUAGUGAGAUCAGGAGUGUUGUCUUGGCAGGCCGCCGCUUUUCUGAGAAAGAGGGAUUACCAGCUUUCCCAAUGGGCAAAAUAGACCAGACAAGGAUGUGGAAAGUUGGUGAGCAUGUUCGUGCAACACGACCAUCUGGUGAUCUGGGUCCUCUGUAUCCUUUCACUGCUGGUGUCUACGUCGCAUUGAUGAUGGCCCAGAUAGAGAUUCUGAGGAAGAAAGGCCAUUCUUACUCGGAGAUCAUAAAUGAAAGUGUCAUCGAGUCAGUUGAUUCUCUGAAUCCUUUCAUGCAUGCACGUGGAGUGUCAUUCAUGGUUGACAAUUGCUCAACAACAGCACGUUUAGGAUCUAGGAAGUGGGCCCCUCGAUUUGAUUACAACCUCACCCAGCAAGCAUUGGUGGCAGUCGACAAUAACGCUCCCAUCAAUAUGGAUCUUAUGACCAAUUUCGUAUGUGAUCCUGUGCACGAAGCUAUUGAAGUUUGUGCCCAAUUGCGACCAACAGUUGACAUUUCAGUUCCUGCUGAUGCUGACUUUGUCCGUCCCGAGCUCAGACAAACUGGCAACUAAAGCUCUUUGUAUCACUCAUCUUGAGAUGGUGAUUAUUUCGGUGGAAUUGGAAGGAGUAAGGCUCUGAGUUAGGAGGUGUGUGUAUUCUAGUUGAGCAUUUUUAGAGGCGAAUCAUUGCUGUAUGCUGUGAUUUUUGGAGGGUAUGAUCCAAGUAAACAUAUUUCUAUUAGUAAUUUAUAUAUAAAAAAAAUCAACCUUUUCGUUUGUGGUUAUCAAACUAUAUGAUCUCUGUACUUCGGAUUUAUAUGUAGCUUUUGCAUAUCAACGGAAUAAUAACACUGCUCAGUAUCUCUUUA